GACGUGAAACGCGGCGCUGCAACCGGGAAGUGACGUCAGACGGUGUUGAUGUUUUGCGGGACGGCUCCGGUUGUUUUUGUUCUCCGUUCACCUCGAAAACCGAACAAUUAGUGGCGUUCAACGGGGUUUUCCGUCGCCUAACGGUCUACGGUCGAUCAGUUCACGAGACCGCGUGGCUCGGAGGCGGAGAAGCCGAAGAUUUUGCUCCAGAAAGGGAGGACUCGUCACCUCUUUGACCCCCCCCCCCCCACACCACCAUGACGAUCCUCCCGAAGAAGAAGCCCGGCUCCGCCGUCGGGGUCUCGGAUCACGCCGACGACAGCGACCGCCGGAGCGGUUCCGACCCACACCAGCAUCCGCACCCGCGGACCGGAGCACGGCCCAGAGCUUCUCCGCCCCCGUGGUCUUACCAGCCCGCCCCGGCCUCCGCCAGGGAGGACAGGCGUAGCAUCGAGGCUAGUUCUCGGCCGCAGCAGGCCUCUCCCCAGCCUGGCGGCUCGGGGUCUCCCGUAGGACCGGGCGAAGGGAGAGACAACAGCGGCGGAAUAGCGGCUGGUUCCCGGGGUGAAGUGGUGGUGUCGGCCGGGGCUGGUUGUGGAGGAGGGAUCAGCAGCUGCUGCUCGGGGCCUGGGCUUAGCAAGCGGCGGCGACAGGCAGGCACUUGUUCCGGCGGAGUAGCCGCUCUCACCGGGGGAGGUCAGCCCGGGGUGACCGGCCAAGGAAGCAUUGGGUCCGGCGGAGAGACGGAGGAAGGAGCCGGUGGAAACAACAGCGAAGACGAGUAUGAGAAUGCCGCUCGGCUGCAGUCGGUUGAUCCGGCAACGGUUGAGCAGCAGGAACACUGGUUUGAGAAGGCCCUCGGAGAGAAGAAGGGUUUUGUCAUUAAAAAGAUGAAGGAAGAUGGUGCCUGUUUGUUCAGAGCAGUAGCUGACCAGGUGUACGGGGAUCAGGAUAUGCACGAAGUGGUUCGUAAGCACUGCAUGGACUACCUGAUGAAGAAUGCUGAUUACUUCUCCAACUACGUGACUGAGGACUUCACCUCCUACAUCAACAGGAAGAGGAAAAACAACUGCCAUGGCAACCACAUCGAGAUGCAAGCCAUGGCUGAGAUGUACAACCGGCCGGUAGAGGUUUACCAGGACGGCACAGAACCAAUCAACACGUUCCAUGGUAUCCACCAGAACAAGGACGAGCCAAUCAGAGUGAGCUACCACAGAAACAUCCACUACAACUCCGUGGUGAACCCCAACAAGGCCACGAUAGGGGUAGGGCUGGGCCUGCCUGCCUUCAAACCCGGGUAUGCCGACACGUCCCUCAUGAAGUCGGCCAUCAAGACGUCGGAGGAGUCGUGGAUCGAGCAGCAGAUGCUGGAGGACAAGAAGCGGGCGACGGACUGGGAGGCCACCAACGAGGCCAUCGAGGAGCAGGUGGCCCGCGAGUCCUACCUGCAGUGGCUCCAGGACCAGGAGAAGCAGGCCCGCCAGCCCCGUAAGGCUAGUGCUACCUGUAGUUCAGCGACGGCAGCGGCGUGCAGCGGGUUGGACGACUGGAGCGCCCGGUCACCGAGGCAACGGGACUCUGACCCCUCCCACUCUGACCUAGCAACCACCGCGUCAACCACCAACAAACCACCCUCCCCAACGGGGGCGGGCCUCAGCCUCAACAAGCCCCCCUCUCCCUGUGCACCAGGUCCUAGUAACCCCAGCCGUCACCACCUGGAGUACAGAGCCAUCAUGCAGGAGAUGUCUCCCACAGCGUUUGGGCUGACGGACUGGGAGGACGAUGAGAUCCUGGCCUCUGUACUGGCCGUGUCCCAGCAGGAGUACAUGGACACCAUGCUGCCCCAGGGGACCACCACGCUGCACCGCGAGAGAGACGCCUCCCCUGACAGCAGCUGAUAGACUCACACAACGCACACAUCAAACCACGCACCAUGACGAGCAGCCACGACCUCUGACCUCAUCACACACACACACACACACACACACACACACACACACACACACACACACACACACACACACACACACACACACACACACACACACACACACACACAGCGAGAGAGACAGGGACAUGGUGAAUAAUAAACAUGUUGUUUGGAACGCAACAUCUCGGUUCAUCCAUUCAUUACUGACACUUCUCCGAGCCAAUAGGGGCUCAGACUGAUAAGACUUCGCCCCCCCCUCUGUUCAGCUCAACCUCUGCGACGGGGGAGGGUCUUACCGCCGAUUGGAUGGCAGUUAAAUGUUACGCACGCCACAGCCAGGCCACGCAAACACUAGCACACACCGCUGGCUAUCUGAGGGUAGCGGGGUCAGCUAGCUUGAUGACGUGGGCUAGUUAACUCUGCCUAAUCUGGGCUAACUAACUGAUGUCGCUAGCUAGCUGAUUUAGGCUAGAAAGAUGACGAACACCAUCACCAUGUUUUCUGAGUUGCCAAAGCUAGAAGAAUAUCGAUGUCUGGGUACUAAAGUAUUACAUAACCGAGCUCGCUGAAGCAAAUAGUCUUGGAUGUGCUAGUUUUAUUGCCAACUGGCUUAUACCUUAUAUACAUGGCACGAGACUACGGGUAUUUGCUAUCCCAAAGUAAUACAAACACUACAGAAAUGGUCCAAUAAUUGUAUGUGUUGUGAUGGAGUCUGAUAUUUCCUUUCAUAUCUUUUGUGGGCUGUUAUUGAUCGGGUAGUAUAGCCAUAGCUAGCAGAUAAAACCCUUUAAACUAGACACAUUUUGCAGCAAGGCCAGCCAGACUAGCUGGUUAGACAGGUGUGUGUCUACCUGGUUAGACAGGUGUGUGUCUAACUGUACCUGGUUGUGUGUGUUUACCAUUACCUAUCAACGGCAAGACCCCCUCCCCCCCAAGAUCACACACAUACAGGAACACAACUUUCUCUUCAUCUUCCCCAUCCUCAUCAUCAUGGGUCUUAUUUAGCUGCAUGUCUAUUGACCAUGACCAAUCACAUCAUAGAGAAGACAAUAGAAUGAUUCGUCAUACUUAUCCUCUUAAUAAUUGAUCAUUGUUAUUAUUAAUAAUAAUAUAAGUUUGUUUUAUUUUAUUUUCCUGUUUGGGAUGAAAAUACUUUUUUUUUUCUUGGAAUAAAAAGAGGACGAUGUUUCUUGAAAACCA